ACAUGGCUCACAAACUUUGGUCGCCCGAACGCUCCUAGAUUGCGACCAAUUGAUCGGCAAUGCGGUUCCAGAAUGUCUCGCACAAGACGUUGAAGACCGUUGCCGCACGCCCCGUGCUCGCGUCGCCAUGCCACCUCCGACCGCGCCCCAACCUUUGCCGGCCGCUGCUUGCAUCGUCGUCACCCCUCGUCGCACAAUGUCGCCACCAGUCGUCGUAUCCUGAGCGCAUUGCUAUUUUCGGCGGUGGGAUUGGCGGCCUUUCGAGUGCCUACUUCAUCUCCAAGGCGUUCCCACAGAGCAAGAUUACGCUGUUUGAAGCGGGCAAGGAGACCGGAGGAUGGAUCAAGAGCCGGAGGGUUGAGGUGGUGGGUCAGGAUGGAAAGCGCGGAAAUGUGCUUUUCGAAAUGGGGCCGCGCACGCUCAGGAACGCUACAGUCACCGCAGGCCUGAUUCAAGAGCUCGGCCUCGUUGACGACAUCACAUACACCAAGCGUAGCGAGCCUGGCGCGAAGAACCGCUUCAUCUACUACCCCGAUCGACUCAACCGCCUCCCCUCUGAGCGCCCCUCGUUUGCCGACAUUUUCUCGUUAUGGCAGACAGGUAUACUAGAUGGUGCAUUGGGACUGCUUACGGAACCCAUGAAGUCCAAGCGGCCAGACUCCAUGUCCGACGAGACAGUUGGGUCGUUCCUUGCACGAAGAGUCGACCAGCGGAUGGCAAACAACCUUGUCUCGGCCGUCUUCCAUGGUAUCUAUGCGGGAGACAUCUGGCAACUCAGCGCGAAGACGAUGCUUGCUCUGGCAUGGCAGUUGGAAGGCCGAUACGGAAAUGCUCUUGGAGGUUUCUUCCGCAUGCAGAACGAGGACCCGCGGCCAGAGCAACUUACUCUUGUUCAUCCAGCGGAUCUGGAAUCGAAAAAAGCCAUAAACAAGGAGAUUGAUCUGCACCUGGACUUUGCGAAGAACUUGGAAGAAACCAGCAUGUUCACUUUCCGGAAUGGCCUGCAGCAAAUGGUGCGGGCUCUGCAGGAUGCUCUACACGCAAGGGGGAAUGUUGAAAUCAGGACGGAAGCGACCAUCCAGUCCUUUAAGCCUCUUACUGGCAGUGGUAAGAUGGGCGUAGAGGUUGUUUCUGGCAAUGAAGGCUCGACAACAACAGAGUCAUAUGACCUUGCCAUCUCGACUCUUCGCAACACAGACCUAACUCCAUACGUCACAGUCAUGACUAUCAACAUGUUCUUCCCCAACCGUGACCUUCUGCCUGUGGAAGGCUUUGGUUACCUCAUUCCGCAAUCGGUACCUUUUGAGCAAAAUCCCGAGCGCGCUCUGGGCGUCAUCUUUGAUUCUUCAGCCAUCAAGGGCCAGGACACUGCCGACGGUACCAAGAUCACGGUGAUGCUCGGUGGCCACUGGUGGGACGGCUGGGCAGAGUAUCCCACUGAAGAGGACGGCCUCGAGAUGGCAAAGAGCGUUAUCAGGAGACACAUUGGCAUCACAGAAGAGCCCACAGCUCAUCUUGUGAACCUUGCCCGCGACUGCAUCCCGCAGUACACACUUGGCUACGCCGAGCGCAUGCAAGACUUUGCCCAGGGCAUCUCUUCCGAGUUCAAGGGCCGACUCCGUGUCGUGGGCAGCCAGUUCAACGGCGUAGGCGUCAACGACGUCAUCACCGGGUCGUGGCGGCUAGCCAGAGAUAUGAUGGGCGAGGGCUGGAAGAGCACAAGUUGCGGCCUGGACAGGGCCACAGACAACAGAGAGUGGAUUGUUGUGCCAGCGAGCGACAUGGCAUAUGUAAAGGAAGAGGUUGGGCGUCCUGGUAGCGAGGGCAUGGGUAGAAGAGGCGAUGGAGGCGUGUAGAUGGGUUUUGAAGCCGUUUGUGUAUAUACGGUUGGACUAGCAGUGAAGACAAAAGAAUAUAGACUAUGAGUUUC